AUGAUAUACUGUUCUCUUUGCGGAAUUCAUAUCACUGUACAGCUUGGCGAAACAUGGCUCCAGGAGUUUCGAGCGAUCUGGGUUGAGAGCGAUUUAGUGGACCAUGUCGAUGUUUCUGGUGUCGGCCGACGGAGCAGCAACGACGAUGAAAUUUUUGGAACCGCUCCGGAUGAUCCAAAGAAGCGCUACGACGACGAUACUGGGCCAGGUACCACUAUCGAUGUGGCUUUGACACCGAACAGACCGACCAUUUUCACACGCUCCCUAGAUGAAGAUGUCUCGGCUUGGGGCUAUGGAUUUCACGCAUCUUGCUGGAGUAUCUUCACAAAGUAUUCCAUCCCGAACCUGGGCCACUUAUUUGCGGCGUGUUUGUCCAUGCCAACGGGUCAAGAAGCCUUCCUGAACUGGGGUCAUGACUAUGGAGGAGCAAGCAUACUGGAAAAAGAGUUCAAAGUGCCGACACAAGAUACUCGCUUCCCUGACCCACGAACUAUACCCAAUCCCUUUCGAUCAGAUCCGUUUCAUAUCCCCGCCCUAGCCAAUGCAAUCCAACAAACAGCUCGCCUACAGAACGAUAUAUUCCUAAGUCAUGUCAUAUUCAACACUGAGGCCCUUACUAAAGACCCCUUCUUUCGUUUGUCCCCAGACAUCUUACAGUUGAUCACUGUAUUGCUAUCAACCUCAGAAAUUCAUGUAAUUCGGAUUGCAUCCCCGGUCUUUGCCUCCCUUCAAUUAUUUGAAAGAUUCUGGGCCUCACGGUUCCAACCAGGCCACGAGUUCGAGUAUAUACCCGAGGUCAUAGAUCAUCCGCCUGAAUCAUGGAGAGCCUUCUACUUAUCACUCCAAAUCUGGGCCCUAAAUGACCCUCAUGUGGCUAAUCGCAAGCGAAUUUGGAGCCUUGCGAAAACACUGCAUGGCCUAGUGUCUCAGAUGGAGGACAUACCUUGCCAAGGAGGCCUCUACAAACUUGGUUUGAGACUUCUGCGGAUUUAG